UCUGGCACGUCUCUGACCUGCACCUUGACCCGGACUACAGGGUGUCUGAAGACCCCCUCCAGGUAUGCCCAUCCGCUGGCUCCCAGCCGGUGCCCAAUGCGGGCCCCUGGGGCAACUACCUCUGCGAUUCUCCCUGGAUCCUCAUCAACUCCUCUGUCUACACCAUGAAGGAGAUCGAGCCACAGCCAGAUUUCAUCCUCUGGACUGGCGAUGACACGCCCCACGUGCCCAACGAGAACCUGGGAGAGGAGGCCGUGCUGCAAAUUGUGGAGAACCUGACCAAGCUCAUCAGAGAGGCCUUUCCAGGUGCCUUCUAUUCUGAGAAACUGCCGGGGCCAAGCGCGGCUGGGCGAAUCGUGGUCCUCAACACCAAUCUGUACUAUAGCAACAACGAGCAGACGGCCGGCAUGGCCGACCCUGGCCAGCAGUUCCAGUGGCUGGACGAUGUGCUGACCAAUGCGUCCCGAGCUGGGGAAAUGGUGUACAUUAUCGGCCACGUGCCCCCUGGGUUCUUUGAGAAGACGCGGAACAAAGCGUGGUUCCGGGAGGGCCCCAACCAGCAGUACCUUAAAGUGGUCCGGAAGCAUCAUCGAGUCAUUGCAGGGCAGUUCUUCGGGCACCACCACACCGACAGCUUUCGGAUGUUCUAUGAUGAUGCAGGUGUCCCCAUCAGUGUCAUGUUCCUUACACCUGGGGUCACCCCAUGGAAAACCACGUUACCUGGAGUGGCCAACGGAGCCAACAAUCCAGCCAUCCGGCUGUUUGAAUAUGACCGAGACACACUGAGCCUGCAGGACAUGGAGACCCACUUCUUGAACCUGAGCCAGGCGAACGCGCUGGGGGCACCGCGCUGGGAGCUCGAGUACCGGGUGACCAGGGCCUACGGCGUGCCCGACGCAGGCGCCCGCUCUAUGCACGCGGCGCUGGGCCGCAUCGCCAGCGACCAGGACGCGCUGCAGCGCUACUACGUCUACAACUCGGUCAGUUACGACACGCUGGCCUGCGACGAGGCCUGCCAAACUGAGCACGUGUGCGCGCUGCGCGAAGUGGCCUUCGACGGGUAUGCCGCCUGCCUGCGCGCCGCCGGCGUCGCGCCCGCGCCCCGCCUCGCGCUCCUGCUGGUGGCGCUGCUGGGCCUGCGCACUCUGCUUGUGCCGUGACCUUGGGCGCCGCCCGCUGAUUAGCUUGGCUCGCUUUCCUCCUGGUAAAAUGGGGAGAGAGAGCAUCACCCCCGAGAGCUGGACUUUCCACCCUUUCCCCGGCCUCCGCAGAAUGAACUGGGACGGGAC